CCCAGCAUCAAAAUUGAUUCCGCUUUUCAGUUUCGGCGUGGUGCUCUCCGAUCGUAGACGAUGGCGAUGGCGGCUUUCAGAAGAGAGGGAAAGAAGCUUCUGCUUUUCUCUCCAUUCUCCAGAAAAACGAUUGUAGCUCCCCGAUCCGCAGUUUUUUCCGAUGCGUUAAUGCCAAUGGAGGGAUGCUCAAUUUCAUCUCAGAUUAGAACAUUGAAGCUCCAAUCUUCUCAAGUCCGAAUCCAAUAUCCAGAUGGCAUCUCGCAACCAUUUCCUGCAGUUAUUAGAGGUUGUAGCUCUUUUCCUAUGGUGAAUUUAACACGUGCGUUCAGUUCAAACAUAAAUCAGUUACCUUUCAUCACUGACCCUGACAUAGAAGCUGCAUUAAAGGAUUUAUUGGCAAUUAACUGGGAUGAAAUACCAGAAACUGUCAUCAAUGAGACAAAGACAGCUCUGUCCAAAGCUACGGAAGAUAAAGCUGGCCAAGAGGCACUGGCAAAUGUCUUUCGUGCAGCUGAGGCAUCAGUGGAGUUUAGUGGGGUAUUGGUGUCCCUUAGAAUGGCACUUGAUGAUCUAAGUGGCUUUAGCGGUGAGAAUGUUGGUCACCUGCCAGAGCAUCUGGAAGAUGCUAUAAGAGCUGCAUAUAAACGAUAUGCCACUUAUCUGGAUUCAUUCGGUCCCGAUGAGACAUAUUUGAGGAAAAAGGUUGAGCUUGAAUUAGGAACAAAAAUGAUACAUCUGAAGAUGAGAUGCAGCGGAAUUGGAUCUGAGUGGGGAAAGGUUACACUUCUUGGCACUUCUGGACUUUCAGGGUCUUAUGUGGAGCUCAGAUCGUGAGAAGCAGUCUUGAGGAUUCGAACCAUUUCUGCCCAUUAGUGGCUUUCUUGGGCUCUCGCCUGGCCGCUUACUUUCCUUUAUCACAAAGUGUACUUGAAAACGAACUGUCAAUGUUGUUUGAUAUUGCUCUUAACUUUUGCUGGAAUAAGGCGAUGAACUUGUGACUAGAACACAUUGUUUCAUCUGUGCUUCUUAUGAUAUGGCUUUUAGACAACUAUGUUUUUGCAGUACAUGUCUUGUGCAACACAACUAUUUGGUUCUAGUUUAUUUUUCUUGUUGAGGUCA